AUGAAGUUUUCAAACUUUGGAAAGCGAAAUGAACUCGCUAAUGAGCUUGCUGUGGGCACAGCAUCCGAGCCUACGGAUUCAGAGUUCGCCAGUCACAACCAGUCCAAGCAGGCACACAUGGGAGAGAAGAGUGGAGUACCAAGUGAUGAUGAGAAUGUACUUGAGAGAAUUCCAAGCCCUAGUGUCGAAGCUGGUGUCAAGAAAGUUGAGGCUGUUACUUUGACUUGGACCAAGAAGGAGCUGAUUGCUGCUUAUGCCUGCAUCUUCCUGGUCUUCUUUAUCGUCAUUUCCUAUGUUACGUCGUCAUUCGCAUUACUCCCAUUGACUUCAACGACUGGUAUUGUCUCGAGCAUUGUUGGUGGUGUUCUGAAGCUGCCAACCGCGAAAUUCAUCAAUCUUGUUGGCCGUGCCGAAGGUUUCGCGCUCAUGACUGCGUUUGCUACUAUUGGCAAGAUCCUCUGA